AUGAUCCAGCUCAGCUGUGCCAACAAGACACUGCGCACAAAACUGCUGCCACGCAUCUUCGAGACUGUUCGUUUCUCCAACGAAGAGGCGACAGCUGCAGCAACGCUCGCCGCCGUCAAGAUUCACGGCACCUACACCACCCACAUCCAGUUUACUGCCACAAGCGAAUGCGAGGAUGAGCACUUCAACUUUGUCCAUAAAGGGCACGCCCAGCCCUGGACAUGGGGAUGCAUGAAGGGGUUCUUCCGGGACCUAGAAGACCACUACGCUAUCCGUCAAGCAGAGAAAGAAUAUCAGUGGCGCGCCCUAAUGAACGAGACCUGGCGAGCCCUCUCGUUGAACAUGUCAAUGACGGAGCUUACGGUUGAUCGAUUCAUACCCAAGUGGACAUCGGCCUUCGGAACCCGCUCAUUUCACGAUUUCCUCUCAAGACUCGAAGCGGCCAACUUUCGCGUGCUGGGUGACGGCGACACGGACGGCCCGACCGUUCUUACUGCUCGCUACUACGCUAAAGUGGUCGGACACAUGGACGAGAUGUUCUUCUGUCACAUGCACAAUGUCAAGUCCUUGAGCCUACGCGCAUCAGCAGCAGCGGUGCUCGGCCUGCUCCCGUACGACACCAUCUGUGCCCAGCUACCGCUUCGACCAGGAUACAUGCCCCGACUGCAAUUUUUGGAGCUGCAAAAUUGCACCGCCGGUCAUGAACUGCUCAACUUCCUAGCUGAUCAUAGGGAAGAGCUUCGCGAGGUUCAUCUUGAUCGUUGCUUCGUACGUGAGGUCACGGAUAUUCUCGGCACGGAACUUCAAUCUCAACCGCCUGGCACGUCGAUUGUGACUUGCUGGAACGACUUUCUAGAUGGUGUCAGAAGUUUGGAGCCUCCUAAACUAACUGCGUUUGUCGCCGGUGGUGUUUGGAGAGGCGACGAUUUGGCAAGCUGGGUUGAUGAGGAUGAGUCGGAUGAUGAUUCAGACUACAGCAAUGACGAAGACUGCACUAUGGAAUUUGAACACAACGACAACAACUACGUCACCGACAGCAGCGGCAGCGGCAGCAGCGGCAGUGCUCAUCAGACUAUCCACUUUUUCCAAGUCAAGACGCCACAACGAAACAGCUAA